GUUUCCCGUCUGAAGAGGAGUUGGGAGACGGUGGAGGAGGAGGGUGACGCAUCGGGCGGAGAGCGGCGAAGUGAGGGUUUGUUGCAGAAGCAAUUGGCGUUUGGGGGGAAAAUAUGGAACAAAAGUGGGGAAGAAGACAACCCGAGACCCAAACAGUGUGCUGAUGGUGAUGACAUUGAUCUGGAUUUGACUGUUACUGACUCGCCCAAGUGAAGCUGCCAAAUUGACACAAAUAGAGGGGAACCUUGAUGUACACAGGAAGAAGGAAGUGGAGUACCUCAAGUGGAAGGAGGUGUUUGGCUCAUGAACACCGUGCAGGCCUGUUGCUUCAGAUUACAUCUUUCUGAGCUCUACGUUCUUUAUGUGUUAAUAUUCAAGCCAAAGUGGAUUUGCUGAAUGAAGUGAGCCAACCCCUCCCCGUCUCUGGUAACGGUUCAGACGGUGGUGGGGUUGGCGACAGUGAAGAUGAUGGAUCAGCUCCGAGUCCACAGAGUGAAGCGGUCACAAAUGAACUGCAAGAGCUCACGCUGCAGUCAAGCAAUGGCCUCUCUCCUUUGAACAAGAGGAAAAAUGAGCACUCCUCUGAAACUGGCCCUCAGAUGGAAGGGCAGGCGAACGAGGGGCAGACCUCACCACGCCUUAGACGCCAGUGCCACUCCACGUUCACCCAACAGGAGGAGAGGUUGCUACAAGUAUUGCAACUGAAGCUUCAGCAACGGCGGACGCGUGAAGAGCUGGCCAGCCAGGGAAUCAUGCCACCUCUGAAGAGCCCUGCUGCAUUUCACGAACAGAGGAGAAGCUUGGAGAGGGCACGGACUGAAGACUAUUUAAAGAGAAAGAUACGGUCACGUCCAGAGAGAGCAGAAUUGGUCAGAAUGCACAUACUGGAAGAAACUUCAGCAGAGCCCUCCCUACAAGCCACGCAGAUGAAGCUGAAGCGGGCGAGGCUGGCCGAUGACCUGAACGAGAAGAUUGCACAGCGCCCUGGUCCCAUGGAGCUUGUGGAAAAGAACAUCCUGCCCGUGGAUUCCAGUGUCAAAGAGGCCAUCAUAGAUAAUCAUGUGCCGUACUCUGCACUGGCAGACAACUCAUCGUUUGACGAAGACAGCAGUGAUGCCCUUUCACCAGAGCAGCCAGGAAGUCAGGAGUCUCUCGGGUCAUUGCCGUCCCCUACAGAAGCAAAGUCUGUUGAUCAACAUCAGGCCCUCCCCACUUCUCCAACCCAGUAUCUUGUGUCAUUGCCAACUGGAGCAGAAUUGAACAAGUUCAGGACAUUGUCUGACCAGCAGAUUGCAAAAUUGGCAAAUGGUGUGUCAUCUCCAGCUGCUAAGCCUGCACCAACGCUCAUUAAACAAAGUCAGCCCAAGAUGGCACGUGACAAGAACCAGCGGAACAAGAAGCCGAAGGAGCCGAAAUCCCGGGUGAAGAAGCUCAAGUACCACCAGUACAUGCCGCCAGACCAGAAACUGGAGAAGGCUACGCUGCCUCUGGACACUGCCUACUCCAAACUGCUCCAGCAGCAGCAGCUUUUCCUCCAGCUCCAGAUACUGUGCCAGCAGCAGCAGCAUUACAACUACCAGACCAUCCUGCCCGCUCCGCCAAAACAGAACAAUGAGCACCAAGCCAGCAGUGGUUCUACGCCGGUGAGGCCUCUGACCAAUAGCACCUCAUCAUCAGGGCCAGGGGUUCUGCCUCGGCAGAACAGCUGCACAAGCACCAUCAAACCACCAGCAAGUCUGCCCUCAAACCUUGACGAUCUGAAGGUGGCCGAGCUGAAGCAGGAGCUAAAGCUACGGGCACUGCCCGUGUCGGGAACCAAAACCGACCUGAUUGAAAGGCUGAGGAACUACCAGGAGCAGGCAAGGGUGGGAGGUGGGCCUGCCGUCCCCACCCCAGUGCCCACCGUCUCCAAGACAGUCCCUCUCGUCUCCAAGCCCACUGAGUUGGUAGUGGCCUUCACACCCGUCCCCGUGCCCACCACCACGACCACUGCUGCCGCCACCGUCCGCUCUGGCGAGAUAGUGCUCACCCCUGCGGCCAAGCCAGCUGCCCCCGCCUCUACCCCUCCGGUGUCGCCGGCACCCUCUGACCGCUCGGUGCAGAGCAUGGAGGACAGCACCCCGCCCGAGCUGCUGGCCGAGUCUGCCCAGACCUCGCCCAUGCAGGUGGCGUGCAAGGAGGAGGUUCCCUGCCUCAACGGCGUGAGCAGCCACGUCACACUGGCACCCAGCGCCAUCCGCCGCGGCGGCCCAGAUGCCAAGGACCCGCAGGCCACCAUCAAGGACCGGAUGUUGCAGGAGAAGGACAAGCAGAUCGAGGAGCUGACCAGGAUGCUGAGGCAGAAGCAGCAGCUGGUGGAAGCUCUCCGCCUGCAGCUCGACCAGGAGAAACGCACGCAGCAGCAGCAGCAGCCCGCCCCCUCCCAGCUCCCGAACCCCCCUGUUUCCCGGGACUCCAUCGCCGUCAAGCAAGAGAACCCGCCCUCCAGCUGCUCCCUCUCAGGCAAGUCCAACCCUUCUGGCCCACCUCCCAGCCAAGCCAAGCCCCCCAGGACGAGCCCCAGCCCCACUGGCACUAUCGGGCCCAAGCCGCUGCCGAUCAAGACGGUGACAGUGAAGCAGGAAGGAGGCAGGGGCGGCUGCCAACAGCCAGCGCCAGCCAUACUGCUGAGCUCAUCGCAGCCAAACCGGGUGACCACCGGCCUGCUGAGAACAAUUGCCCAGGCACAGACCCCUGGUCUGCUGACAAACGGAGCCGGCCCGCACAUCCUCCUCACCGUGACUCCGCAGAAGACGGACGUGGAAAGCGCACCCCCCCCAGCAAGCCCCACCAAGGAUCAGCCGACAGCACAGGCAGUGACGUCUUCCCCCUCCCAGCAACAGGCACAGCAGACUACACCCACCACUCAGUCAAAGCAGGAGCCACAAACGGAAACGAUGACCCAGACAGGAAAGAAGGACCAGAAAGUGGGUCUGCAGCUGAUCACUGGGACAUCUGGUGCUGUGCUGUCAUACGCCCUCUCGCCCCAAAACCUGCAGCCAUUCUUUCCAAACAAUGUGACGGAAAGCUCUUUACAGACGAGGGUGAAUAACGAAUCUAGCUCCCCGCACAAGGAGAACUCCAGAAGCCAGGAGAUGGAUGAUUUGUUUGACAUCCUCAUUGAAAGUGGAGAAAUCUCCGUCAAUGCCAAGGACGCUACCACCUCUUUAAACACGCCGUCUCCGCAGAGUGUCUCGCCCACGCUCGCCGCGUCUUCACCACAAGCUUCUCUCAAAGUGGAGCCGCCGUCUCCGCAGCUGUUGCUGGAGCCCAUCACUGACAGUCAGUUCAGUAACCAAGAGAGCCGGCUCGAGGACUUCCUAGUAAGCACAACCGGCGUCCCGUUGUUAUCGGUUGACCAUGAUGGGACUCAGCCUCUGUCGCUCAUCGACGACCUACACAAUCAGAUGCUGAGCAGCUCCAGUAUACUGGAGCACCCGCACUCUCCCAUGGACACCUCGGAUAUGCACUUCACCACCGACAGCACCUGCCUGACCCUGGACCUUGCUGACACUAACCUGGACAGUAUGGAGUGGCUGGAUCUUACUAUGGGUGGCUCCUCGGUGGGUCUGGCUCCUCUGAGCUCUGUGUCCCACAGUGUCUUCUCUACUGACUUCCUAGACAGUCACGACUUGCAUUUACACUGGGAUUAACACCAGCAGCCAAAACGUUGGGGGGCGAUCCUUCGCAAAGCCUCUUGAUCAGUGUGGAACUUUAGUGCACUGGUGCCGAAUCAGGUUGAGUGUCCUCGAGCGUGCUUCUUCGCUGUCACCUUAACUGAGCAGGAUCUGCACACGAGUCAGCAAUGCACGUCCUCUUGUGAAGCAUCAGAGGGUCUUCUCUGUUCAAGAGUCACAGGCAAAGACGGGCUGGAGCACGCAGCUGUAACUCUGAGCCCGACCACUGCUGCUGGGGGAUUUCAGAUCAGAGGAUGGACUUUUUAAAAAAUUAACCAGACCACAAUGGAGUCUUUUGAUCUAAGCCUUCACAUAGCUUCUGGGCUGGACCUGCAGAGAGAGGGUUCCCCCUCCCAGCGCACAUUAACACUUAGUUUCUCCAUUGCCAAGCCUGUCUCUUUGCACUGAUUGGGGCAAGUAAAUGUUUUUUUUUAAAAACAGGAACCCAAAGGUACAUUAACUGAGUUAAAAAUGGAAAGUCACCACUAAACCUCCCCACCAGUCCAGCCCGUUGAAGACAAGUCUGAAUGUUAUUGUGGUCUGUCUCCAGAGCACGUGUCUCGGUCUGUGAUGAUGUUGCCCUAAGAUCAUAAACUAAGGCCUGUGUUUGUGACUGGUUUGGAUUGUGACCACAGCGUUUUGGCUUGUUGUGAAAUAGUUUAUUUCUUGCCCAGCAACCCCAGCAGUGUUUGCUUUAGUCUGAGGAGAGGAGUUGAAUUUAGCCCUGGACAGCUUUCACCAGGCCCCUAAUGUGCCAUUCAUUCUCAGGCGGAUUUUCAGUUGGACUAUUGGAUCAGGUGAGUGCUGUCUCCAGCACGCCCCAAGGAUAGCUGCGACUUUCCCCAAAGGUUUUCCACAUCGGAGAGCACCAAGUUCCAUUCUGUCCACUUAAUCUAUUACUGUAACCAAGAGGUCUGAGUUGAACUAGGAGAGGGUCACAAUUGUCCAGUGCUGUCUUUGUGGCAUUGACACCACAUCUACGUCCUGGGGCUGUUGGUUACUCAUAACAAGCUUUCAACGGCCAGCUGGCAUCUCAGAGUCAGGUCAACGGCCAGCUCAGAGUCAACGGCCAGCUGGCAUCUCUUUGGCCCUUUUGGUUUGAGGGUGUGGGGCUGUAUGUCUGUCUACCCUCUCCUCGUCAACCAGAGAUGUGUCAUCUCCGCAGGGUAUCCUUCAGCCUCCCGCGCGCCUCACCCUUCAAACCAGGAAGGGAGCCUGAGAAGCUGAGAGUUCAGUGUCAGAAAGGGCCGUGAAUUGCCGCAGUAUUUCUUAAAAGUGAACAAAAAAAGGUGUUUUAAAAUCCGCUGCAAGGAGGAAAAAUUGUCCUUCUUGCCAGCUACAUGAAGAUUUUUUUUUAAACUGUAAAGAUACAAUCAUUUAGAAUGUAAACUGAAAUUGCAUACUGUAAUAUAUGCACUUGAAGUCAUAUCUGUGUAUGAGUUACAUAGCUAUGUUCCGCUAUGUUAUUAUAAAUCACUGAUUACAUAACACUGGUGUAAGGGGCCCACUUUUGACAACAAGCCUUGAAAGUGACAACUUGUCCAGCCUAGUGAAUAGCAGUUAAAUUUUGCCUCAGUGGGUUUCUGGUACAGAGCUUGUGCGACUCCCCGGUGUAUUCAACUUCACACUGUGAGUUAUAGCAUGACCAAGCUAAUGCAUUUUCAUUCGGAACCAAGAGAUUUUGGUUGGGAAUGGAACAGCAUUAAUUUGGGAACAUGGAAGGAUUAUGUGCUUAGUUCUAGAUUAUUUACACUAAUCUGAAGGAAUCUUAAGAGGAACAAGCCUUUGGAAGUUUGGAAAGAGUGACAAAGAGGUGGAAAUUGCCUUGAAUUCCUUGUUUCUUUCACAUUAAAUUAGAGUUACCAGGCAUUGUAUUGUGUUCUGGACAAUGCUGUGAUUUUUUUUGUUUAUAUUAUAUAUAUUCUUGAAACAUU